GAUCAUGUCGAAGGUCGCAGAGAGGAAAAUCAUGAACGAAAAGAUCGCGAAGGUCCGUGAAGUGGUUCAUGGCGUAUGUACAAAUGAUAUUAUAUUGGCUUUGUACUCGUUAGAUAUGAAUGUUGAAAAGACCAUCCAAGCGUUCUGCGAAGACGGAGCGUCGGAAGUGCUUGACGACUGGGUGCGACCGGCUGGCGGCUCUUCUAAGAACAAGAAUAAGAAGAAGAAGAACAAGCAACAGGUAGAGCCUCAGGAAUCAGCCGUAGCGCCACCAGUAGCAGCCGCAACCGCCGCUGCUGUUCCUUCUACGGCCUCCGCUUCUAAGGCGGCCAAGGUUUGUAUUGAUAAUGUUUGUUCUGCAUGCCGAGGGACUUUCAUAGUGUGGCAUCGGCGUAGUUUCUCGAUACGGCCAUUGCCCGCAAUUUUUCAGGCUCUUCGCGCGGCUGUUACGGAUCUUGCCGAAACGACACCUCGAGGAGCACCGGCUGCGCCAACGGCUGCAACUGGCAUGCCAAAAGCUGUGUCUCCAGUGCAGGCUGCUGCUAUUAAACACGCCACAAGCCAGUCUAGCAUUUCAAGCUCGCUCGGAGCAGAUUCUGGUGUAAAUCUCAGCCCCACACACAAAGAGGAGAAAAAGCCGGCAUCAGAAAGCAAGCCGAAGCCCGCCAAGGUUGUCAGUGGUGGUAUUAUGAUGCAGUCAGAUGCACUAACGGCUGAACAGUUGGAAGCUUUGCAACGCUCUUUGACUGAGCAGUUGGCUGCUUGCGGCAUCGAUGCGUCGAUCCUGUCUGGUGUCGCUGGAGGCGACAUGCCGGUCCGUCGUCCUCGAAAGGCGGACGGACCUAGGAGAGGAGGAAUCGUGAAGAACGAAAGGACUUCUAUACGUCCUCAACUAUCUAUUCUUUAG